AUUGCGCGUAAUUUGGCGCGCUUUUAGCCCACUUUCUGUCGUUGUGUACGCGGGAAAGCUGGACGACGUAGUGCACCGUUGUUAGGGCGUAAUUUAAGUUUGUAAAGUACCUCUUAAUUCUACCGGUCAACUAAGAAAAUGUUCGAGGCGAGGUUAGUGCAGGGAUCUCUACUUAAGAAGGUUCUUGAAGCCGUCAAGGACCUCAUUAACGAGGGAACAUGGGACUGCUCGGCGACGGGCAUCAGUCUCCAAGCGAUGGACAACUCUCACGUCAGUUUGGUCGCUUUGAACCUUCGCAGUGACGGCUUCGAUAACUUCAGAUGCGAUCGGAAUCUUUCCAUGGGCAUGAAUUUGGGAAGCAUGGCGAAAAUUCUCAAGUGUGCCGCCAACGACGAUAUCAUCACAAUCAAAGCGCGAGACGACGCCGACACCGUUACCUUCGUCUUUGAGACGACAAACCAAGAAAAGGUGUCCGAUUAUGAAAUGAAGCUCAUGAACAUCGACACUGAGCACCUGGGCAUUCCGGAAACUGACUACAGUGUGAUCGUGAAGAUGCCAUCAGCAGAGUUUCAACGCAUCUGCCGGGAUCUGAGCCAGAUUGGUGACUCCAUUCAAAUCACCUGCACCAAGGAGGGUGUCCGAUUCUCAGUCUCCGGUGACCUAGGAUCUGGUAAUGUGAAGCUGUCCCAGACAGCCAAUGUGGACAAAGAGGAGGAAGCCGUGAUCAUCGAGAUGCAGGAAGCUGUGUCCCUCAACUUCGCACUCCGCUACCUCAACUCCUUCACGAAGGCCACGCCGCUCUGUGGACAAGUGCAGCUCUCUAUGUCUGCAGAUGUCCCACUGGUUGUGGAGUACAAGAUUGAAGACAUGGGUUACGUCCGUUACUACCUAGCACCAAAGAUAGACGACUCUGAAGACAACUAACUUUUGUGACAUGCUUUGACAUUUGUAUUAGACUCACCCCUUUUUUGGAUUGGCAUUGCAUAAAAGCUCUAAAUAAACACAAAAGUAGUAA